UAAGAAGAUGCAUUAUAGCCCAUGCAUGCGCAAAGGCAAAAUUGCACGAACACAUGCAUGAGUUUUGCGACUCAAGUCUGAAACUCCAGAUUCAGGAGUCGCUUAAUUAGUCCAGAGCCACGUGACUGCGGGGUCUUAACUCGCGCGCUGUCCUGGGGAUAGGUGGACUCUGAGUGCAUUAGCUCAGGUUAAUACGCAGAACACCACACAGGAAAAGUUUGCAUGCAAACUAUUCAUUAUUACUUACUUUUCAUAUCCGUCUCGCGCUCACCGUGAAGACUUUUUUUUCCUCCCCCACGACUUCGAUAGCAGAAGACUUUUUUUUGUUUUCUCAGAGUCGGGUGUCCCGUGAGUUCAUGAAGGCGGAAGGCGACACGGGGAACAGUAGCGGCGCAGGCGGUGGCGCGUGCUGCGUGAACCGGCUGCUGCGCGCGGUCGAGAGUGAGCUGCGCGCAGGCCGCGAGAAGGGAGACCCCACGGAGAAGCAGCUGCGCGUGAGCCUCGAGGACGCCGAGCUGUGGCGCAAGUUCCGCGAAGUCACCAACGAGAUGAUCGUCACCAAGAACGGCAGGAGGAUGUUCCCGGUACUGAAGGUGAGCGUGUCUGGUCUGGACCCCAAUGCCAUGUACUCCUUCCUCCUGGACUUCAGCCCAGCUGAUGGUCACCGCUGGAAGUACGUGAACGGCGAGUGGGUGCCUGCUGGCAAACCUGAACCCCACAGUCACAGCUGUGUGUACAUCCACCCCGACUCUCCGAACUUUGGUGCCCACUGGAUGAAGGCUCCGGUGUCCUUCAGUAAAGUCAAACUGACCAACAAACUCAAUGGAGGUGGACAGAUCAUGCUGAACUCUCUCCACAAGUACAAGCCACAGAUCCACAUUGUCCGUGUGGGAGGAAGCCACAGGAUGGUGACCAACAUUUCCUUCACUGACACCCAGUUCAUCGCUGUAACAGCCUACCAGAAUGAGGAAAUAACUGCUCUGAAGAUAAAAUAUAAUCCCUUCGCCAAGGCCUUCCUGGAUGCUAAGGAAAGGAGCCACCCCAAGAACCUUCUAGAACCUCCUCCUGAGAACCAACAUGUGGGCAUACCACACUGUGGUUGGUAUAUUUCAAACCCAGACUCCUUUUGUUCCUCUGGGAGCAGUAACUUCCCCUACGCAGGUGGUUUGCCUUUGACCCCGCAUCAUGGCUACAAACACUACUCCAGUCUACAUGGACAUCGUGCCACACCGUACCCACCUCCGUAUCUGCACCACCAUCACCACCACCACCACCGCGCGCACAAUUCAGAGAGAAAGAAAUCCCUGCUGCUGAUUCGCUUUGACUGCUGA